GACCGCAUCGCUGGCGCGCCCAUCUCGUACGCGCUCAGAACCUCACGUGACUCUGAAAACUUCCACGCGGGCGCGGCAGCGCAAAUCCUUUUUAUGGAGCCCGACACUGCUGGCGAUUUCCACAUCGCCCCGGCUUCGUGCGCUCGUGAGGCUCACAUGGGUUCCAUGAAUCCCGUCGUGGGGUUGCUUACUACGUGAGAGGAUUGUUCGUAGUGCGGUCUGCUCGCUUCUAGAUCACAUGUUUUACCCGGAUGGGUUAGAGCUCAGUCUUUUUGUAAUCAGACCUACACAGUGUACUGUACAAUAUCGCGCCCCAAUAUCGCGCCCCCGCGCGGUUCGACGUUCGGCUCUUCGGCAUCACGGCAGCGCCAGUCGUCGCCGCGCCGCGCGGGUCUCGCGUCGCGUCGCGAUGUCGUCGACGCGUCGCUCCCCGCGCGUCGGCGACGCCGCCGCCGCGCGCGCGUCGUCGCGUCCGUCCACGUCCGGGCCGUCCACGCCGCCGGACGUCGCGCUCGUCGUCCCGUGCCACGACGAGGCGAAGCGAUUGGACGUCGACGCGUUCGUCGCCUUCGCGCGCGCGUCCACCAGGGAGUCACCCUGCGUCGUCGUGUUCGUGGACGACGGCAGCGGCGACGACACGCUCGCCGUCUUGCGCGAGAUUCGCGAUCGCGCGCCCGCGGGCGCGGUCGAGAUCCUCGCGGACCGCGCGAACGUCGGGAAGGCGGAGGCGGUGCGACGCGGGUUGCGAUUCGCGAUCGAACGACUCCGCGCGUCGCACGUCGCGUUCUGGGACGCGGACCUCGCGACGCCGCUGGAUCACGUGCGGUUAUUCCGCGACGUGUUCGAGACGCGCCCGGAGAUCGACAUCGUCUUCGGCGCGCGCGUCGGCCUUCUCGGACGCGACAUCUCGCGAAGCAUGACGCGGCACUACAUGGGACGCGUCUUCGCGACGCUCGCGUCGUGGACGCUGAGCCUGAGCGUCUACGACACGCAGUGCGGCGCGAAGAUGUUCAAAGUAGUAGGGGGGGGGACGUCAGAGCUCGCCGUCGUGCUCUCCGAGCCGUUCCGAACGCGGUGGGUCUUCGACGUCGAGAUGCUCGCGCGGUUCCACGCGCUCGCCGUCGCCGACGGGUCCGCGCCCGUGCGCGAGCGCGUGUACGAGUUCCCGCUGUUGCGGUGGAAGGACGUCGGCGGGUCGAAGGUGAAGGCGAGCGACGUCGUGAAGAUGGCGUGGGGGUUGCUGGGGAUUCGGCGCCGGUACUUCUGGUCGCGCGAGCCGUGGCCGCCGCCGCGACGUGACGACGAUAGCUCUUAGCGCACGCCGUCCCUAGGUAGUUGUUCUACGAAGGUCGUUGUUCUGCCGAAGGUACACACUGUGUUAAUUCGCGGCUUAAGGGCAUAGGCACUGUACUUUAUACACAUGAUGAAACUGAAUAAAACAAAAAGGUUGACGUCG